AUGGCUUGGUGCAACGGUGGGUCAGAGGGGCACGACUAUGUCCCCGUGGCUGACUUUUACGCGGACAAAUCCAUCUUCGUCACUGGUGGCACGGGGUUCAUGGGAAAGGUGCUAGUCGAGAAAUUAUUAAGGAGUUGUCCGAAAAUCAAGAAGAUUUAUCUAUUAAUGCGACCGAAGCGAGGGCAAGAUGUUGCGUCCCGACUCACAGAGCUGACUCAAUCACCGCUCUUCGAAACUUUGCGGAAAGACAGACCCCAGGAGUUGAACAAGAUCGUGCCAAUAGUUGGUGACAUCACGGAACCUGAGUUGGGUAUCAGUCCUGCGGACCAGGCAAUGCUAUGUCAAAAGGUGUCAGUAGUGUUCCACUCGGCGGCGACGGUGAAGUUCGACGAGAAGCUCAAACUGUCAGUCACCAUCAACAUGUUGGGGACGCAGCAAUUGGUUCAAUUGUGCCAUCGCAUGCUCGGGUUGGAGGCUUUAGUUCACGUAUCAACUGCAUACUGCAACUGCGAGAGGGAGAGGGUAGAGGAGACGGUGUACGCCCCUCCAGCGCACCCUGAACACGUGGUGACUCUGGUGCAGACCCUGCCCCAAGAGCUGGUGGACAGGAUCACACCGGAUCUAGUCGGCGACAGACCAAACACGUAUACCUUCACAAAGGCGUUGGCUGAGGACAUGCUCAUAAAAGAAUGCGGUAACCUGCCUGUAGCGAUUGUGAGACCUUCCAUAGUACUCUCCUCGUUACGCGAGCCAGUAAAGGGCUGGGUGGACAACUGGAACGGUCCGAACGGAAUCAUCGCAGCCGUCGGCAAGGGUAUAUUCCGCACCAUGCUCGGCACCGGGUCCAGGGUCGCUGACCUCGUGCCCGUCGACACGGUCAUCAACCUCAUGAUCGUCUCUGCCUGGAGGACUCAUGCUACACGAGGGGAAGGGGUGGUGGUAUACAACUGCUGUACGGGACAACAGAACCCCAUCACGUGGCAGCGGUUCGUGAAGACCAGCUUCAAAUAUAUGCGGAAACAUCCGUUCAAUGAAGUCCUCUGGUACCCCGGCGGCGACAUCACCAGUAACCGCUUGAAGCACGCCGCCCUCUCUCUGGCGCAGCAUCGAGCACCCGCCCUCAUAAUGGAUCUAGUAGCUCGUGCUUCAGGGAAUAAACCCGUAAUGAUGCGUGUCCAAAACAAAUUGGAGAAAGCGGCUGCCUGCUUGGAAUACUUUACGACACGCCAAUGGUCCUUCGCUGACGACAACGUACAAGCUCUCUGCUCUGCCCUUUCACCAGAAGACAGGAGAAUAUUCGACUUCAACGUUAGAAAUAUAGACUGGGAUGCGUAUAUUGAGUCUUAUGUCUUGGGAAUAAGGCGGUUCCUGUUCAAAGAGAGUCCUGACACGCUACCCAAAUCCAGGGCGUUGAUACGAAGAUUACACAUAGUUCACAUCCUAACACAAGUGGCGACGGUCAUAUUCCUAUGGAGAUUUUUAUUUUCCCGUUCAGCCGCGUUGCGCAACAUUUGGCGUUAUAUACUCGAUUUAUUAACAAGAGCCGCACGCCUGCUUGCCAUAGCCUGA